GCCAGUCUAUGUGGCUGAUCCAUGACACAGAAACUGAAAUAGUGCAAAAUGUGCUGAUAAUCUGAUGUUUAUUCGGUCAUUAGAUGAAAUGUGUGUUUUAUGCAACAGAUCUGGAGAGUUUUGAUGGAUUUGCGAGGGUAAAUCAGUGAUCAGUGGGAUUGGAGAGGCGCAGAUGGACGAGGCCGGAGCCGCUGCGGUCCUCCCCGGCCCGUCCCAGCCCGCGUUCUGCCGGUCCGGCGCCCCCGAGCGGCGCACGCGCAAAUCCGGCUCGGCCAACAUCUUCCAGGGCGUGAACCUGCGGCAGCUGAGGCGGCUCUUCCACUCGGCGGGGGAGCCGGACGCCGAGCAGAGGGCCAGGCAGGUGUGGGGGAGCAGGAGGGGCGGCGAGGGCGAGGGCGAGGACGGCGGCGGCGGGGACGCAGAGGACGAGGAAGAGUUGGCGCAGGCGCUGGUGGGGCUGAGGGUGCGGGCGCGGACCCGGAGCGGGAUGCGAGCCGAGUCGGGAAGGGGAGUCCGGCCGUUCGGGCACAGCAGGACGAACGAGCGGACGUCCACGGACGCGGCCUCCUCAGACGACGACGCCUCCUCGGGAGCCUGCGGGGGGUCGGAUCCCCUCAAGGCCAAGGAGGAGGAAGACCCGCCGGGGGCCCCGAGGAAAGAUCCGGACCGCUACCUGCACCGGAUACGGCACUGACGGACCCGCAGACGGCCGACAAUCACGACACUACACGCUGUACACCACGAAGGAGACGGAAUACUCGAAGACUGAAUUUAGAGGCACUACAGGGUCGAUCGCCAAAGUCGGGACAGUUUUUAACCACGUGGCCACUUUUUUUUUGGUCUCCCAGAGGUAACUCUUGGAGAGCAGCAUGGUAGACACUAAACGACUCUUCCAAUCACUACAAGACGUCUAUUAAUUACAGACAAGACAGGGUGGGGCUUGAACCAAUGACCUUUCGAUUACUAGUCCAGUACCUUAACCUCUAAGCUCAACUGCCCUUGGUAGACGCUUUGAUGACUGAACACAGUUGGAACGAUUGAGGGUUAAGUGGCAAUUUGGCAAUAGUGGGACUUGAACCAGCAACCCUCUGGUUCACACUACAAGACGUCUACUAAUCACAGACGAGGCUGAAAGGUUAUAAAGUACAUUGUCUAAGCAAUAGAGGGUUAAGGGCCUUGCUCAGGGGUCCAACAACCUGGCAGUGGUGGGACUUGAACCAGUGACCUUCUGAUUACUAGUCCAGUACCUAAACCACUGAGCUACCACUGGCCCACAAUUCCAUUACCGUAUGUACUGCCAGGUAUAGUCCGCCACUACUGGCCUGUUGAGGUAGUUCCAGAUCUUACCUUUGGGGCGCUGCUGCAGGGCUACAUGCCAAAUCCCAAACUACAUACUAAUUAUCACGCCCCGCUGGAAUGAACCGUCGUCUUUCCAUGAUGUACAGUGU